CCUCAUCACCGCGAGGUGAGGCUUUGCCUCCAGCAGUAGCACCGGUGUCUUCUGAGACUGCUGCCUCGGCUUCGUGCUUUCUUCUUUCGUCCCCCUCCCCAAAGGAGUACCCUCCCCUUCACCCCGCACCUUGGACGUGAACUUCUUGCCUGAGCAUUGUAAAGACUGACUGGUUUGAAAAUGGAAAACCAAGAACCAGCGGAUCCUUCUCAAAAUACCAAACAGUCUAUUAUUUCAGAGGAGUUAAUUUCAGAAGGAAAAUGGGUCAAGCUUGAAAAAACAACGUACAUGGAUCCUACUGGUAAAAUAAGAACGUGGGAAACGGUGAAACGUACGACCAGGAAGGGGCAGUCGGCCGAUGGUGUGGCGGUCAUCCCAGUGCUGCAGCGGACACUUCAUUACGAGUGCAUCGUUCUGGUGAAGCAGUUCCGACCGCCCAUGGGAGGCUACUGCCUAGAGUUCCCUGCAGGUCUCAUCGAUGAUAACGAAAGCCCGGAAGCAGCAGCUCUUCGGGAACUUGAGGAAGAAACUGGCUACAAAGGUGAUGUGGCAGAGUGCUCUCCAGCUGUAUGUAUGGACCCGGGCUUGACAAACUGUACCACACACAUCGUGACGGUAACUAUCAACGGAGAUGAUGCUGAAAACGUGAGGCCUAAGCCAAAGCCAGGAGAUGGAGGUACGUCACCCAACUCAGCAGUGGCUGACAAUUUGUUGAAGUAAUUUCCUUACCAAAGAAUGACCUGCUGAAGAGACUUGAUGCUCUGGUAGCUGAAGAACAUGUGACAGUGGACGCCAGGGUCUAUUCCUAUGCUCUGGCACUGAAACAUGCAAACACGAAGCCGUUUGAAGUGCCUUUCCUGAAGUUUUAAGGCCCAAAGGACAGUAGCCAUGUUUUUACAAACAAGACCACCCACCAGGCCUCCUUCACUAAGACUUUGUUAUUCAGCUUAGCUUAAUGUAGAUUUGAAAUUAGUUUUUUCAUUAAAUAAAAGCAACACAGAAUGCA